AUGGCACGCACCGACAAGCCUGCGCUGCAGCAGAGACAAUCAUCAACAUUACAUUAUCAGACAUUUCCGACUCCACCGCCCACAUCGCGCGGGAAACCUCCUACCUCGCCCAACCCGUCAUCGUCCAACAUCCACGCCGAUUCCCAGUCUGGACAGCAAGAUGACAGUCACGAGGAGACGCCGCUCCCCAAGGCUCAAUUAGCCAUCCUUGCCAUUAUAGCGCUCGCCGAGCAGACAGCCCUCAACUCGAUCUCACCUUAUCUGCCUGCAAUGGCUUCCACCUUUCCCGAGGUUAAAGAUGGCCAAGUCGGUCUAUACGUCGGCUUGAUAGCCUCGAGCUUUGCCCUGGCACAAUUCGCUACCAAUUUCUUUUGGGGCUGGCUCAGCGACAGAAUUGGCAGGAAACCGGUUGUGCUUAUGGGCACCUUGUUGACUGCCUGCUGCUUUGUGAUCUUUGGCUUCAGUCGAACUCUGUGGCAGGCUAUCUUCGCUCAGACACUUAUGGGCUUGGUCAACGGAAACCAGGGUGUCAUUAGCACCUGUUUAGGCGAGAUCACCGACCGAAGCAACCAAAGUAGAGCCUUUACCUAUCUUCCCGUCGUCUACGGCAUUGGCGGUAUCACGGGUCCUCUGGUUGGUGGAUUGCUUGUAUUCGAGACCAUUCCUUGGAAUGGCAAGCGAAACCCAUACCCUUACCUGGCUCCAAAUGCGCUCAGCGCUGGUGUUCUGAUCAUCGAUUUUGUGCUUACUCUGAUUUUCCUCGAAGAGUCUCUGGAAGAGGCCAAGGACCUGCCGCCUCUCAAAAAGCGAGUGUCCAAUCUCUUUGCAUGGCUCUGGCAGUUCACUGGCAAUUCUACCAAGCCUUCGUAUGUCAGACGCCGUGAGCAACACGAUAAUUCAGCUGCCAACACGCGAACCGACGGUGCGGACGAAGACAGCUCUGACGAUGAGAGCGAUGGUGAAUCUACCCAUCUUCUAGGUACUGGCAACCGCGAAACACUCAGCAGCUCUGCUGUUUGCAACCGUGACACCAUUCUUCUUCUCAUCACUUUCCUCAUAUUCCAGCUCUCAAACAUUUCAUACAACUCGCUUUACCCUAUCUUCGCGCAAGCAGUACCUCCCACAGGUCGUGGUCUGUCACCCGAAGAGAUUGGUCUAUCGUUGGGCUUUGCUGGACUUGUCACUAUUGUCUUCCAGGUCGGCAUUUUCGGCAAGCUGCGUGAAAAGGUCGGAAACAAGAUGACCUAUCGCGUUGGUUUGCUGGGCUUCGUCAUUGCAUUCUUGCUUAUGCCCUGGGUAGGGUACAGGGAUGGCAAGGAUGGAACUGGAAAUGACACACAAGCAGGAAAAGUUUGGUUGUGGAUUGAACUUGGAGUAGUGCUUAUAAUCAAGACUGUGGCAGCAGUCGGCGGCCUCACCAGUGCACUACUUCUGAUCACAAACUCAGCGCCGAACCACUCAGUAUUGGGUACGCUCAAUGGACUUGCGCAAACACUUUCAGCAGCCGGACGUGCAGCCGGGCCCUUUAUAUCCGGAUCGUUGUUCACUGCAGCAACACAUGUUCAGCCCAAGGGUGAAGCUCUUGCCUUUGGAACAUUUGGUGGUAUCAGUCUUCUAGGUUUUGCUUUAAGUUUCGGGAUUCGAUCAUCGAGUCUUGAGGCUGAAGGCUGGGACGAGAGUGACGAAGACGAUGACGCUUCAUCUGACGAAGAGGAAGUGUAA